CUGCCUAGAGGGGCUGGGUAGCGGGUGGUGGUGGCGGCCAUUUUGACGUGACGCCGCAGUGUGGCAGUGGAGGUGACGGAGCGAUGCGGGCCGUGCUGGGCCGGCUCACCAGGCUGGCCGGGCUCACCGCCGUGCAGGCCCGGGCUGGGCGGCCCGUCGUUCACGUCGUGCCCGCGGCCGCAGGAGCCUUCACAGCCCGCACCACCAUGGCCACCCACGUCCAGGAGCAGGGCGAGCGAAUCAAGUGUGUUAAAGGAGACCUGUUUUCCUGCCCCCCAACGGACGCGUUGGCUCAUUGCAUCAGUGAGGACUGUCGGAUGGGUGCAGGCAUCGCUGUCCUGUUUAAGAAGAAGUUUGGAGGCGUCCAAGAGCUGUUAGAUCAACAAAAGAAGACUGGGGAGGUGGCAGUUCUCCAAAGAGAUGACCGGUAUAUUUACUACCUGAUUACGAAGAAGAAAGUUUCUCACAAACCAACGUAUGAGGACAUGAGGAAGAGUUUAGAAGCAAUGAAAAAUCACUGUCUAAACAAUGGAGUUACUGACGUUUCCAUGCCCAAAAUUGGGUGUGGACUGGACCGCCUGGAGUGGGAUAAAGUUUCAGCAAUACUUGGGGAAGUGUUUGAAGACACAGAUAUAAAGAUCACUGUUUAUACUCUCUGAGCAGAAGAGUCUCGUUUCCCUAGCUUUCAGCAGUGGCAACUUCUUAACCGAUAAGGGGGAAAACUGCAUGCUGAGCACAUUCUUCUGAGCACAGUUCACUCGUGUUGGUGGUGGCCGUGGCUCUAAAAGGAAAUAAAGUGAUAAAAGUCUUAGAGCAGCUAAUUUGAGAUGUAGGAUUUAGGGAACCUGUGCUGAAAGCAGGGAUAUUGUAACUCAGGGAGUUCCUAGACUGUCCCAGCAAGCCACCAGAUGUCACUAGUCCUCCACCUGCACUGGGGCUUCUUACAGCUGGCAGUUGCUGUGCAGUGAAAUUGGAGCUUUCUAAUGCUUAGAUAUUGGUUGUUCUGGUUCAUAAUGAUGACCUGUGGAGCCCUGUCUAUUUUUACUUUUCAGGAUCUGCAGUGUUGAUAUUCAGCAUAUUUGUUCUCUGCAGGAUUAAAAAUUAGUUUUUUGUAUCUUUUAGACACGAGCACUUUUUAAAAAUGGAAUUGUACACAAGAAGAACUGUGCUGUCAAUGUGCAGUUAAUGGUUCUUCAGUCCUCUGCUGUCAGAUCAGAGCACGGUCCUUGCAAACAAUGUCUGCACGUGUUGUGGCUGUAGGCAAUAGGAAAGCAGAGUUUGGGAAGGUGGUGCUGGAGGUUUAUAAAGACACCUAGUGGGUGCGUUCUGUAUGAUGUGAUUGGUAUCAUAUGCAGUUCUCAGUUUUCUGAGAAUCCUCACAUAGGAAUGACUGACAUGCUGUUUAAAAAGCAAUACUAUGAAAGAUUUGGUUUGUGUUAUUGUUUUGUGUUACUGUGUUUGUAGUUCAGCUGGUAUAUGUUGUUUGAUGUCACCAAAUGUGGAAGUCAUUGACGGCUUGUUAGGCCAUUGCUGAACACUUGAUAUUGGGGAGGUUUGGUUCCAGUACUGAAUAACAGAGUAUUUCCUUUGUGCUUGGUUUUACCCCCUGUCCUGUAAUACCAAAUCUAUUGUGUCAAGCUGAAUGCCCACAGAAAUGCCAGAAACAUUGAAUAAACCAAAUAGAUGGGACAGCUGAGAAGUCGUUCAUGUAAAACAAGGUUUCUAGUUACUCCUUGCUGCUUAUUAAAUGUAUGGAGACUUUCCUGUUCUGAGUUUUAUGGGUGAAUCUGUAUUGUAUGUUUUCUUUGCUGAUGGAGAUCUGCAAAUUCCAUUUGUGUCUCUAAGAACUGCAUAUUGUCUUCCUCCCCUGUUUGACUAUCCUUUGCUUCUUGGUUUUGGUGGGUAAUUGCUGUGAGAAAUAAACUUGAGUGAGACAAAAGAA